AUGGCCGAGUACCGCAGUCUGCUGGAGGAGCUGGCCCAGAACAUCACGGCCGAGGACCUGGAGCAGCUCAAGUCGGCGUGUCGCGAGGACAUCCCCAGCGGGGAGGGGGACGCCAUCGCCACCGCCAACUGGUUCGCCUUCCUGGAGCGCCACAGCAAGCUGGACCGAGACAACCUGUCCUACAUCGAGCACAUCUUCGAGAUCUCGCGCCGGCCCGACCUGCUGACCAAGGUUGUCCAGUACCGCACGCAGGUGCUCAAGAUCUCCGAGGAGGACGAGGUGGACACCAAGCUCACGCGCAUCCCCAGCGCCAAGAAGUACAAGGACAUCAUCCGGCAGCCCUCGGAGGAGGAGAUCAUCAAGCUGGCCCCCCCCCCGAAAAAGGCCUGAGCAGGAGGAGGAGCCCCCCCACACCCCCCCCCCAGAGCCCCCUCCCCAAUUUCCAGCCCUGGGGGGGCUCAGGGAGGGGGAGGGGCACCAACAGCAGCUUAAAACCCCCCCAAAAGGGGGAGGGGGGAAUGGGGGGGGAGGGAAUUCCCAUGGGACCCCCCCCAAAAAAAGGCCAAAAUUGGGGGUGGAAGGGAUGGGGACCCCCCAAGUGUGGGUAAAUUGAGGGGGGGGCACAAAAAAAUGGGACCAACGCCCCCCCCACCCCCAAUUUGGGGGAGGUUAAAGUAUUGGGACCGCCCCCAACCCAAAUUUUGGGGUCACAGGCACAGAGAGACCCCCACCCCAAUUUGGGGGAGGUUGAAGUAUUGGGAACCCCCCCAA